AUCUCCCCUCAUCUAACCAAGAUCACUACGACCACGAUCUAAACUUCCUGAAGCGCUGUAUCUUCUCUUCCUCGAACACCCAUCCACGUAACGACAUCGCCCAUAGACACUGCAAUGUCUGAAGAUUCCGAAACACUGUAUCACGGAGUAGGAGACACGACUCCCCUACCUACCCAGAGCGAAGGACAGCUUAAGUCCGAUGAUCUACCUCCCCGACGACCACACCAUAUCACGCGCGAUAUGGCAGUCGACAGAACGUCAGUAAACUCCACGCUGAUUUCCGACUCGCACAAGUCCUUCAAAAAUCGGGGCUCGAAUCAAUUCAUCGUUCGGGUUAGCAAGGAUGAGAGGCUUCGACUUGCACAACUGGACAUAAAGGACAGGCUCAAUAAAGUGGACAGCGGUCUGCGUGUAUUGAAGGCAAGGUUGAAAACCAAGGAAGAGAAAUUGGCAUCGCGUUACGACAUGCCAAAGAACAUCAUGACUGCAGAGGAAAAGCUGAAGGUCAAGAUUGAGAAGGCAAAGGAGGAAUUGAGCGCUAAGGAGGAUCUAGCUGCGGCGCGACGUACAAAGAAGCAUGACAUGCGCGACGAGCGGGCCAAGAAGCAAAAGGUAGACUAUCAGCAGCGAGAGGCAAAACGACGAGAGCAAGCAAAGACGGACAUUGGUGCAGAGAUGGCAAGUGCCGGAGCUGCGAUGGCGACUUCUUGUGAGGGUGACUUCGACAUCGAUGUUUACGAUAACUAAGAUACGUGCAAAGAAUGCAGCAUUGCUUCUUUACAUAUUGGCUAGUGACUUACGGCGCUAUGGGCGGUGAGACUUUGAGACUGUUGCAUACUUACGUUCCGCGACGGAAAGUUGCGUCGUUCAGACCCACUGCCAAAAGUAUAUCGCGCCGUUGCGACAGAACGUUGAUAACCACAGUUGUAUGGGCUCUUGACGCUUUCGAUGUGACCUCAUACAGACUGCGCCUUUCUUUGAGCAUGUCAGGUGUGUAAGAAAAAGAUGCUCAGAGUGAAGUGAUGCUGGCUGGAGACGGGUGAAGAAUGCGCUAGCUCAAAUUACACUAGCC